GGUAGAUGAGUUGGACUUCUCAGGGAUGGAUCUCGACGAUGCCCUCAGGAAGUUCCAGGCCCAGAUUAAAGUCCAGGGGGAGGCCCAGAAGGUGGAGAGUCUGAUCGAGGCUUUCAGUCAGCGGUACUGUGUGUGUAACCCGGUACUGAUCCGACAGUUCCAGAACCCUGACACCAUCUUCAUCCUGGCCUUCGCCAUCAUCCUCCUCAACACAGACAUGUACUCUCCCAACGUCAAGCCGGAGAAGAAGAUGAAGCUGGAGGAUUUCAUCAAAAACCUCAGAGGAGUGGAUAAUGGUCAGGACAUUCCCAGAGACCUGCUAACGGGAAUCUACCAUCGGAUAGAGAAGUGGGAGCUACGCACCAACGAUGACCACGUGUCUCAAGUACAGGCUGUGGAGAGGGUGGUCGUCGGGAAGAAGCCC